CGCUCAGAUCCACUUUCAUCUGCCUGAGUGAGCUCUGUGGUAUUGCAGUGGAGAAGACUCUGGAAAAUGAUCCUUGUUUUGAGUCGCUUGGAUAUCUCGCAGUCUGUGUUUUUAUUGUGUGAAAUGGAGAAAUUGCCCUUUACGAGAUAAAUACCUACGAGGUUCAGCACGGUGUCUCCAACAUUACAGCACCUCUGUCUGCCUGCAGUACCUUUGAAGUAGGUGCCAAUGCCAAACAUUUAAAACAACGUAGACCAAUCUGCAGCUCUUUACAAUUGGGUGAGAAACCAAGUUGCCAUGGGAAACCAGCUGACUGAGAUUGCCCCAAACACACCGUUCCUGCCUAACUUCCAGUCACUCCACAUUGUGGUCAUUGGUCUGGACUCUGCCGGCAAAACCUCGCUUCUCUACAGACUGAAGCUUAAGGAAUUUGUCGAAACUAUCCCGACCAAGGGAUUUAACACUGAGAAGAUAAAGUUACCGGUCGGAAAUGGCCGAGCCAUGACUUUCCAGGUGUGGGACGUAGGCGGUCACGAAAAGCUUCGGCCGUUGUGGAAAUCUUACACGCGGCGCACGGACGGCAUGGUAUUUGUCGUGGACUCAGCAGAGGCAGAACGCAUGGAGGAGGCUAAGGUGGAAUUGCACAAGAUCACACGCACGUCAGAGAACCAGGGAGUGCCAGUGUUAGUGUUGGCUAAUAAACAAGACCUUCCAGUUGCACUGGGUGUUUCUGACGUGGCAAAGAUUUUGGCUGUACAUGAACUCAGCGCCUCCACCCUACACCAUGUAGAGGGAUGCAGUGCAGUCGAUGGACAGGGGCUACAGAUGGGUUUGGAAAAACUCUAUGAAAUGAUCCUCAAAAGAAAGAAAACUGUGAGGAACAGCAAAAAGAAAAGAUGAGCAAAACGAGACAGUUAUUUUGCGAAGCUCCUCAGUGGAUCCUGUAUUAUCCUAGGAUUUUGCAGUGAAUCCCUGAAUGAAGGAAAUGCUCCAGAUGGCCCAGUGGUCAGGAGAAAACAGUUUUGACCUUUAUGUGUCACACAGUAUUGAACUGCUUUCUUCCAUGCCUAAUAAUUGCUCUGCAGUUCCCCUUUGUAAUUAAGGAAUAUGUGAUAUCAUUGAGGCUGUAGUAUCAACAGAAUUCAAGACUACGUCCUUGCCUUUUCUUCCUAGUUUCUUCAAGCAAGAAAAACUAAAUCAUAGCUUUGCAAUAUACUGUAUUGAUUUGUCUGUUAAAUCUCACCAGGUCACAGUUUUUUAUGAAGCUAAUUCAGUAGCAAAACUCAAGGGCGUGUAGAUUUUAAUUUGAGAACUUGCAAAAUAAAUAUUUGUUCUUGGCGAUGUGGCUCCGCUGCAUGACGACAUCAAAUCUCUCUUGAGUUUACAAGUGCACAAGUUCGUUUUGCAAUGGGUAUGAUUUGAUGAUUGAAGAUUUGAAAUUGCAGUGACAGAUUUGCGAGGUUGUAUGUGCCUAUUUGUGGUCAUACUGCGAAUCUGGAUUGAAGUAUAAAUGUAAAUAUGUAUUAUAUGUAUAACACAAGUUUAUGAACAUUCAACGUUAGAUUUUUAUUUUGUAAGUUAUCAAGACUGUGAGUGAAAAUUUUAGCGUGCAAGUAAACAUGUUUAUUUGACAAGUUCUCAAAUUAAAAUCUACAAGCUCUCAAGUUUGCUACUGAUUUACCUUCAUAGUUUUCUCUCAUACCUUAAAUUGUUCGACAGUGCCGAUAUAAUAAAAGGCGUAUGUGUUCACAAUGUAGAGUUUGUGAAACUGACUGAAAGUCUUAAGCGAAUCACUUAAAGAUUCACUAUUCACACUUGUAAGAUCUAAGUUUUAGUUGGAACGCCUUUUUUGUUUUUACACGCUGUAAAUAUAUUUUGUAAUGCUGUAGAAUUAAUAAAUUAUAGAUGUCUUUGACACAAUUAGUUUUUCAGAAACCAUUUUUUUUUGGGGUGUCUGCUGAAAUUGAUAAUACAUGCUCGAUAUUUAAAGGAGAGUCUAAGCAAAUCGAUAUAGAUCUUAGUCUAUACAUGCUCUUAGGUGCCGUUAAACUAAAAUAAAAGCUUGAGCUAUAAAAAAAUCAGAGCUAGACUUUAAGGGGUGAUUUCCCGGACAGGGAUUAAAUUAGUCCUAGACUUAAAUAAAUGUAGAGCUGUCCAAUCUGAAAACAGCUUGCACUGACAUAUCAUAAAAUACAUCAGUGCCCUUUGUUUUGCCUCUAAAUGCACACAAGUAAUGUUUUUAGUAAGGCAUGUUUGUUAAAUAUUUCCUAAUUAAUCUAAGGCCUAGUCCUGGUUUAAGAUAAUUCCUGUCCGGGAAACCACCCCUAAAAGUAUUAUAUACAGUUUAUACAUCUUAUUCUACUCAUAACAGACUUAAUUUUGUAGACCAACCAGAAAGUUAGCGGGACAUAAUGGGCAAAAAAGCCCAUUCAUUUUUCCCAUAGACUUUUGGAUUAUCACAAAAAAAGCUCUGUGUUUAACAAAACUUAAAGACACUGUUUUGUCCAACGAGGUCAUCUGCAAUUUUAUGAUUUUUGAAGUAUAAAU